AAAUACUUGCACAAUAUAUAUUUUUACAACAUCAUGGAGAAGUUCUCUCAUUAAAUAAUCGUCGUUUUUUAAUGAUCUUUAUUUAUUUUAAUUUUUUCUUAGAUGCUUUUCUUGGUUUUAUUUCUUCAAUACUUCGUUUAAUUAAAAGUGUUAUUGGUGGAAUUAUUUAUAUGUGUCGUUUAGAUUAUUCUCCAUUAGGUCGUAAAUUAGAAACAAUGGAUGGUGGUUUUAGUGCUUAUUGUGGUUUUAUACAUACUGAAUGUGCUCAUCGACAUCCAGUUAUGUUAGCUGUUGUUUCACAUCUUUAUACUCAAAUUAAAAUAAAAGAAUUAAAAAUGAACAUAAUGAAUUCUAAUGAUUUAUCAAUCGAUAAAACAAAUGAAAUAAAACUGAAAUCUCAAUCAAGAUAUGUACGUAAAUGGAAAUUAGCUGUUUUUCUUACGCAAAAUCCAACAUUUGUUUUUUUUCGUAAAGCAUUUCUUAAUCAAUUACAUAUUGAAGAUGUUCGUUAUCUUAAUGAUAUUGAUAAUAAUGAUAAAAGUAAUAUACAACGAAGAUUAUCUGUUUAUACACGUCGAAUGUCUGCCGCUCGAUUAAGUAUUGUUUCUGAUAAUAGUUUAAAAUACUUGGAAGCAUAUCGAUUUUAA